CGUUGAUCGCAUACGCCUUUGACAUGCCUGUCGACAAGUCAAUGUCAUGAUGCGUGAUGCGUCCUUCGCCAGUCUUCUCCUUGCGUAUACGCUCAUUCGUCUCGCGACAUGACAUCGUUCCGCCAUCUGCGACAGUCCAGAAACCCAUCGAGGCGGCCUAUUACCGCGGGGGCACAUCACGAGCCGUAAUCCUACAGCCGCAAGCCUUGCCUAAAGAGCGCGCGAGAUGGCCGACCAUAUUUCGCCAGAUUAUGGGAAGUGGUGACCCCUAUGGGCGGCAACUUGACGGCAUGGGUGCGGGCAUAUCGAGUCUUAGUAAGAUAUGUCUUGUAGAACCUUACGGGAGGAGAGUCGCCUUGCCUGAGAAAGCUACGCGUUUCCGGACAGGCUUUGGUGGCAUUGAUGCAGCUCGCGAGAGUGCGCAGGCUGUACAGGCUACAAAGGCUCAGGAAGAGGCGAAAGCGGCUGGGUACGAGCCAAAGCUAGACAUUGAUUACACCUUUGUCGGCUUGGGCAUUGAAAACAACGAAGUCGAUGUCGCAGGCAACUGUGGAAACAUGAGCAGUGCAAUUGGCCCUUAUGCUUACAACGCCGGUCUCCUGCCAUCGAGAAUCUACGCCCAGGGUGAUGGAGAGGUUACAGUUAAGAUACGGAACACGAACACCGGAAAGCUGAUCGACUCUACUUUCGAAGUGAUUGGCGCGCAAGCUGCCGUUGUGGGUGACUACAGCAUUGAUGGUGUUACAGGACAAGGCUCAAAGAUCAAAUUGGAUUUCAAACAUCCAUAUGGUAGCAAAACUGGCAGAGUGCUACCAACAGGCAAGAGAGUGGACAACAUCGGGGGCUACAGAGUAUCAUGCGUAGAUGGUGCGAACCCGGCGGUCUUCGUCCGAGCAGAUGAUGUGGGAGUGGAUGGUACCAUCCUACCCAACGACUUUAACAAACUUCCGGAAAAGCUUGCUUUGCUCGAAAGCAUUCGCAAAGCCGCCGCUGUAGUCAUGGGUAUCGCAUCUACAGAGGAUGAGGUUCCCCGUACCGUUCCCAAGAUCGGCAUCGUAUCACAAUCGUCUGCGCACCCCGUUCUGUCAGGAAAGACCCUGAAGGCAUCACAGAUGGACAUCGUCGUCCGUUUUCUCUCGGAUACACAGCCUCAUCGAGCCAUUCCUUUGACUGCUGCACUGACGACAGCCGUCGCGGCGCGGAUCCCCGGAACCGUUGUUGAGCAAAUGCUUGCUCCUGAGCCUUUGAUGGAGGGCGCCAUCACUAUAGGUCAUGCAAGUGGUCGACUGCAGGUUAACGCCACGAUGGAUGGAAGGAACAAACUCAUCCCCGUCAGUGGCACGGUAUACAGGACCGCGAAGAGACUGCUCGAAGGAGAAGUGUUCUGGACCGACAAGGCCGGUGAGACAGAACCUAGGGAAGAGACGACAGAAACCGGUACCACGUAUGGUAGUAAGGGCCACCACUCCCUCGGUCUAGCUUUCGUUCUGGAGAACCGCGGUAAAGAUUCAUCCCACCUCUUCGAAGAAGACGUCGCACGUGAAAAGCGACCAGAAUCCUCUGAUGCCGACGUGGACCAGAUCGCAAGCCAACAACCGACUCUGGAGCAGAUUGAAAAAAACGAGCAGAAAGAGGAGCCCGAGGUCCCGAUCCUAAGUUACAGACCCCUUCCCGACCCCCACAGAAAACGACCCGACCUGCGGCAAACAAACAAAGAAGAAGACGCCCUCACGCUCGCCAUCCAAGGCCUACACUCUGAACUCACCGGAUUGCUUCACAACGAAAAGAUCAUGGACACCACAGCACACCAUUCCCAGCUGCUUACCGCAGUCCUCAAGGCACACCGUUCCAUCCAAAUCAAUACCGUGGCGCAGAAGCGGUCAGCCGAGAAGGCUAGCAAGAAGGUAGAGAAAUCUACUGUCCGUGCAGAGAGAACUCGUGCACAGAAGAUUACAAAGGGCGGGAAGUUGAUAACGGAGAAAGUGGCGAGGAUGAUCUCGGUUCGAGACGAAGACCAGGAGAAGAAGAGGACGGAGAGGACGGAGAGCGAUGAUAUGGACAUAUAUAUGAAGGAGAGGGUGGCAAGGAAGAUGGAGGUUCGGGAUAACCACCGGGUGCAUGAGAGUGAGGAGAGGACGGUAAGAGAUGACUUGGAAGAAUUCAUGAGGAGCCGGGAAAAGGAGGCCAGUUCGAGAUUGAGUAGGAAACCUCAGGUUGAUGCUCUGACGCAGAGACGGCCGUGGAAGAAUGCUGCUGAUAAGAGGCGGGAGAGGGAGAUGAUACGUAUACAUGAUACCGAAAAGGAAGAAGGGGAGAACAGUGGGCAUGAAGCUGAGAAAGAGCUCAAGAAUAGGAGGACAAGGCGUAAAGAGCUGCAAAUGGCGAGGAAGAAGGCAAAGAUGAUGCGAGAUUCGAGAUAACUAAAUGAAAACAAUAUUUA